AUGAAUUUACUCGCUAUGCGCUUUAACAAUCCGCUUCCGCUGUCUAUGACCUCCGAAUGCCGGAAAUGCAGCAAGAUUCUCGCAUCUUUCGUUGAUCCUAGCCAGGCGUUUGGGCCCGACAAAUUCAUUCCACCGCAGGUUCUGGCCAAUGCAAAGGGCCUCGCUAUUCUAACCGUCUUCAAGGCUGGAUUUCUCGGCUCAGCACGAUACGGCAAUGGUGUGGUCGUUGCACGACUCUCCGAUGGCAGCUGGAGCGCACCCUCAGCCAUAGGUACAGCUGGUGCUGGAUUCGGCGGUCAAAUUGGCUUCGAGCUGACCGACUUCGUCUUCAUUCUUAACGAUAGCGCUGCUGUGCGCACCUUCACCCAAGUUGGAUCCUUGACAUUUGGUGGCAAUGUGUCCGUCGCAGCCGGACCCGUGGGACGAAACGCCGAAGCAGCUGGGGCAGCAAGUCUUAAGGGCGUUGCCGGUAUCUUUAGCUACAGCAAAACAAAAGGCCUCUUUGCCGGGGUUAGCCUUGAAGGCAGUGCUAUUGUUGAGCGUCGAGAUGCUAAUGAGGCUUUCUACGGGGAACGUCUUACGGCUAGCCAGUUACUAUCUGGUUCUGUACCGCCGCCUCCUGCUGCUCAGGCCCUACUCCAAGUCCUCAGUUCCAAAGUCUUUGCUGGCCCUAUCCAGACAUUCCGUGACUCAAAUCAGCUCUCGCCCUCAAUAAGUUAUCCGUCACGCGAACCCUCUAGACGGCGCAGUGUGUUUGGUGGCGGUUUUCGAGGUCACACCCGCAGUCGGAGCCGACCUCCUGACUCACCCCCUCACCACCACACCACAACCCAAUAUUCGCGCGCACAAGCGCGCCGCCUAGAUGCUGCUGAUGAAUAUGUUUACUCAGAUACACCGACUAUCGAUCCUCCUACUGCCAAAGCGGCUGUCAUUCGCAAGCCUCUCUCCCGUAGCGUUUCGGCGCGUCGGUCUAAGAAUGAGGCAAUCGCCCUCUUCAAUUUUGACGCCGAGCAGCCUGGAGAUCUAGGUUUCCGCAAGGGUGAUAUCAUUACCGUGACCCAGGCCUCACCGAGCCGAGAAGAUUGGUGGACAGGUUUCAUCGGGGGCCGCACUGGUAUUUUCCCCGCCAACUAUGUCAAAAUGCGCGCAUGA